UCUUUUCCCGCGCACUUUGGCGUCAAUCAAAUGGUUCCAGUUCCAGAAACGAUACAGAAGCGCUUGCAAUGUAUAAUCUCCUACUUUGACUCCCCAUCCCUCCCCAUCCGAUUCGCAUUUGCAUAUGGAUCCGGCGUCUUUUCACAAGAGACGUCGGGACCGGAGCAUUUCAAGCCACCCAUCUCUAAGAAAGGCGGGAAAAAGAUGAUUGAUCUGAUCUUCGCGGUGCAGCACCCUGCUCAUUGGCAUGCGGUGAAUAUGAAUCUGCACAAGUCACACUACAGCGUCCUCGCGCGCAUGGGCGGCUCCGUCGUGCUUGCGUGGGUGCAACGAUUAGGCGCAGGGAUAUGGUACCACCCUUACGUCACAAUGGGAGACGAACUGGUCAAGUACGGCGUGAUGGACGUCGACACGCUCUGCAAAGACUUGAUAGACUGGGAUACUCUCUACGUCAGCGGGAGGAUGCACAAACCAGUGGCGCUCAUCACCACUGACGCGCGCGUGCGCUUGGCUCAACAAGUCAACCUCACCUCGGCGCUGCGCAUCGCGCUGCUGCUGCUACCGGAGCGAUUCACAGAGGUCGAGCUAUACACGCGAAUUGCUUCGCUCUCGUACACGGGCGAUUUUCGGAUGUCGGUGCCCGGCGGCGAGAACGCAAACAAGGUGCGCAACAUUGUCAUUGGACAACGCGAAGAGUUCAGACGACUGUAUGGCGGUCUAAUGCGCUCCUUGGGCACGCUUGCACUGGAGGAGAUACAAUCGGGCCACUUCAUCAUCGUACAAGACGCAUCGCCGAAGACAAAGGUAGACUACGCAAUGCGCAUGCCGCAGCGGCUUCGCGAGCUAGUGCAGCAGCACUAUCUCUCCCACCCGAACACGCACGAAGCGUUUGCGCGCUUCUCGCUCUCUCGCAAGGACGACACGCUCCAUCGAAAGCCGGAUGACACGGCCGCUUUGGAGGGCGAUUUGACGGAUUUCUGGGGCGCAGUUGUUGCACAGCCAGAUUUCGAGAAGGUGCUGCUGACCAACAUUGGUAGCAUUGUGCGCGGACCGGCUUGGGGCCAGAGCAUCAAGGGCGUGUACACUGCUGGACUUGGAAGGACCGGCAAAUACGUGUUGGCGAAGGUGGGCAAG